AUGUUGCUGCACACUGGGUCCCGUUUCCACUCGCACGAGUACAAUGAACUUCCGAAUCAUUCCCCACGGCUACAAAGCAGUUCUCUUCGAGUCCCGUUAUCCCGAUCAGCUUUUUCCGCACCAGUACCUACUACAUCCACCAUUAUUGGAAAUCCGUCUCCUAUUUUACGUCGACCAUUGAGAUCAUUGUCAGAGAUAUCCACUGCAAGGGACUCGCCCAUUGUCAGAUUCCAAGAAGUGGAACAGGACAGAAUGAGUGAAGAUGGUCGAUCCGAAGCAAGCGUGACGACUGCAGGAGGUCCCAGCCGGCGGAAGCGAUCCGUGCGAACAAGCACGACCUUUCAGCUAGCUCACCCGGCCCCGACUGCCUCCCAAAAGCUGAAUAUUCGCCCAAAUUUAUUGCUACAAUUACAGCAGAUAUCGGCUACCGCAAGACCAAAGCCUUUCCUCGAUGUCCUUCCUUCCACGACUCUCGCUCCACGGCUUCGAACGCGGUUUCCUCGAAUGUUCAGGAGCAAGGCAGAAUUAGGAUGCAACGAUGUUAUGGUCGUGAAGAGUGAGGUCUAUGAAGGAAGUGUCGAGAACAAGUAUGAGGGGGGUGAUUCUGACGAAGACGGACUCGAUCGGGAGCUAGUGGCUGUCAUUUGUCAAAUGCCCAAGGACUCUGGCGGCUCUCAGGGGAAGGCUGAGGCAGUUUUAAGCGACGGCACCGUCUGGGCCUGUUCUCCAAAUUUGAACGGGCCGAAUGGGCCCUACGAAUUUGAGAAAACAGACGCUCAAGGCAAAACUACCAUUGCUCGCUGGGUGAUGGCGAAAAACAGGCGAAGUACAGCGGAUAGCCCCGAAACUAUAAUGAAUGCCAACAGGGAAAUGAAAUUUACGUUUAGCAUGAUUGAUCCUAGGCGGCGGAAGCAUCCUAUCCUGGCUACCAUUACCCCAAACAGGCUUGAUAUAUCAGACUCUUACACAACGACUUCAUCUUCAGCUGGCAUAAAUUCGCCCACUUCUUCUGCGUUUCGAACUUCCGGUGAGGAGGCUGAAGAAAGCGAAGGUGACGCUGCACUCGAGCGGAAAGUCAUUGUCGUGGAGGAGGAUAUGAAGACGAUUAUUCGAGUAACUGGAAUCUGGGUUGCUUUACGCCAAGGAUGGUCGCAGUGCUUUAAAUAUAACGACACGGUGACUUUACCGCAUGCCCAAACAGGCCCUGGUUCCGCUAACCGUAAGUCAACGUCAUGUGCUCACGACAUUGUUUCCGGUCGUCUAAGCCCGGCUCCAACCGUGGCAAGCAUGCCGGAAUCGUGCCGCAGCAGCCUUGGGUCGGUCCUCGGCGGGAAAAUCCGCAGAGCGUCUGGAAUCAGGUCCCCUGAGAACAGAGGCUCACCUCAAUUUGACCGGCUACCUACCAAGCCGAAACGGGCCGCCUCCUCUGGUGCCGCCUUCAUGCAACGGGCUGCCCGACGAGCCGGCAACGCUAUCAGUACCGUGAAGAGCGAGAGCGAGGGCGAGGGCGAGAGCGAGAGCAUGAUGGAAUCCCAAAAACGAGUUAUCCAGAGCGACGAUGCCAACGGCCACAGGCGAUUAGCAACUCCGCCAUUGACUGUUGCUGUCGAUUCGCCAAUGACAGCCCCCGAGACAACCACCCAGUCUCAGAAACGCCCGGUAUCUUACCAGCCGACUACAGGUAGCUCUCUCCAAGAGGCGCCUCAGCAACCGGCCGCUAGAAGAAGGUUCGGCCCGAAUCGAACCCAUGAUGUGAAACAGAAUCUGGGAAAAUGGACGAGACUUGCAGAUUGCUUUCGACGAACAAAGAAAGGCGCGGGCUCGGAUUCGAGCGCUUAA